AUGACGUGUGUUCAUGAUGGAAUUAUUAGAGACCCUUAUGGUAAGUUCAUUUCGGCUUUAUCUAAAAAUAUCGGCAUUUCUUCUAAUAAUAAAGACGAGAUGUGGGCCUUCUUUGAAGGACUUAAAAUGGCAAGAAAUCUUGAUAUUACGAAAUUUAUUAGUGAAUCCGAUUCCUUAUUUUUGAUCCUUUGUGUUUCUAGGCAGGAUGUUGUGCCCAAGGACUUGAGCGUUCUCCUCGAGGGAGCUUUAAAGACAUUGCUUAGUUUUGACAAGGUUACCUUGCAGUGUGGAUAUCGCGAGAUCAGGGGAGCUGCAGACAUACUUGCUAUUUGCUAA